AUGAAAUUUCGUUCAAAUUAGCAUCCCUUGUCCCAUUUAUAACUAGGGAGUUUUGUAGAAAACCUAGAGGUUUAAAGGAAGUACAUCGUUGGAAAGCAACUGAAUUUAGGCAGUUCGUUUUAUACACUGGAAUAGUUAUUUUGGCAGAUAUUGUUGACAACGAUUUUUACUAUCAUUUUUGCUUAUUACAUUGUGCAUAUAGGAUUCUGAUAGCAGAACAAAGUUAUCAUAAAUAUUUAGACACAGCAUCACAAAUGAUACAAUACUAUGUCGAAUCCUUCCCAGUGAUAUUUGGCGAACAUUAUGUUUCGUACAAUGUACAUUCACUACUGCAUCUUACGGAGUGUGUAAAAAAAGUAGGAUUUUUGGGAAGUUUUUCAGCCUACGACUUUGAAAAUUUUUUGCAGCACUUAAAACAACAAGUUAAGAGCCCCAGAAAUAUAUUGCAGCAAUUAAAUAAUAAAAUUGUACAUGAUAAUUAUAUAGACGAUACUGAGGAGAGUGCAGUAAAAUAUGAUAGAAAAGGAGUAAUAACAUCUCUAAAUCUUCCAGGAUUCUAUUUAAGUUUGAAAAGUGCCGAUAAAUUUUGUUUUGUUAAAUCUGGAUUCGCAGUAGAAAUAAAACAUUUCUCUAAUGACGAAAAUAAACUCUUUAUAGUUGGACAUAAAAUUUUGAAUUGCACAAAUUUUUAUACGGAGCCGAUGCAAUCAUUAGAAAUUGGAAUAUUUUUAAGCGAAGGAUGCACUUGCACAACUGCUGAACAGUUUAACUGUGAUGAUAUAUUAUAUAAAUUAAUUCGAUUGCCAUACCAAAAUAAAUUUGUAUUCCUCCCAAUUCUCCAUAAACAGAAUUAAAUUCUCAAGAUUGAUACCAAACCAAAACUUUUAAAAUGUCUAUAAUAAAAAAACAAUUUGUGUCACCUCUUGCACCCCAGAACGCAAUACUUCAAACUGACGAAAAUAAAAAAUCAGAAUUGGCCCGAAUAGAAGAUAUUGAGAAAAACAUUAAAAUACUAAAUGAUAAAUUUGAUACAUGUAUAAAUGUACUGACCAAAAUUGAAAUAAAACUAGAUACUCUAUUGACACAGGAUGCGAAAAAAAUAUACUUUCCCAUACAAAAUGAGGCAGAUCUCCACAAAGUUGAGAAAAAAAUUGGGGAAGACUUCGCUUCGUUUAUACCCAUCAUGGAAAGAAUAUUGUUUCCUUCUGGAGUUGUAAAAAACUUAUGUAGAGUACUUUCCGAAGAAUUGAUUAUGAACUAUAACUUUGAAGGAAUAAAAGGAAAAAUGGCUUUUAAGUCCUUUGAAAAUAUAAAUAAGUUAAUGUAUGAGGUGUCAAAGAGGGAAGGAUACGACGAGAAGGAAUAUAAGAAGGAUGUUAAAAAGGCAUUCCAUUUGAUAAAAUUAAGGCAGUUUAAGAAAACACAUCUCGCUAAAAAACGUAGCGAGAAAUAAGAAUUUAUUUAAACAUAAUCCAAAAAUGAAUUACAUUUUAUGUUUUUGUAUGUAUUCACAAUGAGUUUGUUUGUUUAUGUUUUUGUAUUCUAAGAAUACGUACAUAUAUUUAUGAAAUACAUAUAAACUAUGUUUAUUAUUAAUAAAUUAUUUUAUUAUAUUUCAAAUUAAAAGAACAUAAUUUUAAUGUAUUCUGGGGGAAUGAAUUAUAAAACAAAUGAUAAAGUAUUAAUUAUUUAAUGCAUUGGGAUACAUCAAUUAUAUAAUGUAUACUUAAAAGAUUGUCCAAAAUGCAUUAUAUAGAUUGCAUUAUAUUACGAAUCGCUUAGGCAAACAAAAGGAAUGCAUUAUUUUCCUAGGACAUGGACCGUGUUAACAAUAAUGAAUUCUGGAAUGUAUAAAUCAUAGUGUUUAUGCAUUACCUCUUCGUUUACCAUACCUUCCAUUUUCCCACUGGGAAUAUA